CAAACACAAAUCACGUGAUGCGACACCGCUCGUAGCAGCCGCAGCUGCGUCCUGUCGGUGAGAGGAGGACGGUACGCGGUCAGUAACGUGACUCGUUAGGUGGCGGCAGGCGGUCAGUCUGUUUCUCCGAGUGUCCCGACUCCUGCUCACUCGGGUCUCGAGAACCACAAGUCCCAGCAUAUCCCAUGGUGAUGGAAUCUUUUGCUGAAAAGACGGUGUUCAUAAAACUUCUAAAGAAAUAUUUGCAUUCCUGGUCCUGUGAGUGGUGCAGUUAACAUUUAAGCAAAAAAAAGCUGUAGGCUCCAAGCUGGUUCUUCUGACAUUUGACUCGGGUGAGGAAAAGACUAGAAGUACUAGGGGAAAAAAUAACAGACAGACAGACAAACAUGAAUAAAGCUAAAUUGUGAGCUGAAUAGCAGAAUUUAUACCAGAUUAUCAAGCAAGGAGCAGUCGGCACAUGCAAUGUCUCUUUCUGGGCUCUGUCGAGUAACGGAGAGCCUGUUCCUGAGCAAUGCAGCAUCAGCAAGCACCCAGUCCUUACUUAGAAACCACCACAUCACUUGUGUCAUUAAUGUGUCCUUACAAUGUUCCACUUGUUCCUUACCUGAUUUGGAGUAUCUGCAUUUCUCUGUAGCAGACACACCGGACACGUCCUUGUCUGAUUACUUUGAAACCAUGACCGAUAAGGUCCAUAAAGUAGAGGCCAGUGGAGGAUGUACAUUAAUCCAUUGUUCAGCAGGAAUCAGCAGGUCUCCGACUCUGUGCCUUGCUUACCUGAUGAGAUACCGUGGACUGUCCCUGCUGGCAGCACAUGUCCACUUAAAAACAUGCAGACCUAUUAUCCGCCCCAACCUUGGCUUCUGGAGACAACUGAUCACCUAUGAACUGGAUUUAUUUGGGAAAAAUACAGUCCAUAUUAUUAACUCACCUGUAGGACUUAUUCCAUCUAUCUAUGAGGCUGAAAUAAGAAACAUGAUUCCAUUUUGAAGAACAUUUUUGUUUAAUUGAAGAUAGUACAUGAAAUGCCUGUGUACUAUAAACAUUAAAAUGUG